CUUCCAUUUGACCGAGUCUCUGGGUAAACCUCAAGAAAAUGGCAGCCCAGGAGUCCUCUGAUGAGAGGAUUUCCCAGUUUGAUGAUGCCACGAUCACGGAGAUGUCUGUUCUACUAGGCCCAAGCGUGUUUCACUAUGUGAAGGAGAUUGAGGAGGAACAACAUAAAGAGCGUAUGAAAAUGAAGAAAGGCUUUAACUCACAAAUGCGGAGUGAAGCAAAAAGAUUAAAGACCUUUGUCACCUAUGAAUCGUAUAGUUCCUGGACACCAAGGGAGAUGGCAGCAGCUGGGUUUUACUUCACUGGCAUAAAAUCUGGAGUUCAGUGUUUCUGCUGUAGCUUAGUCCUCUUUAACACUAGCCUCCAGAAAUGCCCCUUGGAGGAACACAAGAAGUUUCGUCCCAGUUGUGAGUUCCUUUUGGGCAAAGAUGUUGGUAACAUUGCCAAGUAUGAUAUCAGAGUAAGGGAUCCAGAGGACAUGCUGAGAGGAGACAAAGUAAGGUACCAGGAAGAGAGGGCCAGGCUGGAAUCCUUUAAGAACUGGCCAUUUUAUGCCCAGGCGAUACCCCCAAGAGCGCUCUCAACUGCUGGCUUUGUCUUCACAGGUAAACGGGACACUGUGCAGUGCUUCUUUUGUGGUGGAUGCUUAGGAAACUGGGAAGAAGGAGAUGACCCUUGGAAGGAACAUGCCAAGUGGUUCCCCAAGUGUGAGUUUCUUCAAAGUAAGAAAUCUUCAGAAGAAAUUUCCCAGUAUAUUGAGAGCUACAAAGGAUUUGUUGGCAUCACGGGAGACCAUUUUGUGAAUUCCUGGGUCAAGAGAGAUUUACCUAUGGCACCAGGUUAUUGCAAUGACAGCAUCUUUGCUAAUGAAGAACUACGACUGGACUCUUUUAAGAACUGGCCCCAGGCAUCCCCUAUGGGAGUGGCAGCUCUGGCCAAAGCAGGUCUUUUCUAUACAGGAGUAAAGGACAAACUUCAGUGCUUUUCCUGCGGAGGAUAUAUGAAGUGGAAAGAAGGUGAUGGCCCAUUAGAAGACCAUACCAAAUAUUUUCCAAAUUGUCUGUUUCUCCAAAAUAUGAAGUCCUCUACAGAAGUGAUUCCACACCUUCAGAGUGAUGGUGAACUUUCUGAAUUAAUGGAUAAUACCAGUGAAAGCGGUCUUGAAGAUCCAGCAGCAGAUAGUAUUACAGCACCAGAGAUGGUCCGGGCUGAAAGUCAGUGGCUUCAGGAGGCAAAGCGUCUGAGUGAGCACCUGAGACAAGCAUAUACCAGGGCCAGUUUCUACUCCACGUCUUUGCUUGAUGGCUUCUCCUGUCUCUCCACCAAUGAGUUGCUGGGUUGUGAUCUGUCCCUUGCUUCAAGACACAUCACCAGUCAUGUGCAAGAACCUGUGGUGCUGCCUGAGGUCUUUGCCAACAUGAACACUGUCAUGUGUGUGGAGGGUGAAGCAAGCAGUGGAAAGACGGUCCUUUUGAAGAAAAUAGCUCUUCUCUGGGCAGCAGGAUGCUGUCCCUUGUUAAAUAGGUUCCAGCUGGUCUUCUAUCUCUCCCUUAGCUCUACUCAACGGGAGCAGGGGCUGAUGGACAUCAUUUGUGACCAGCUCCUAGGGAAGGAAGGAGCUGUUGCUGAAAUAUGCCUGAGGAACAUCAUUCAGCAGUUAAAGAGUCAGGUGUUAUUCCUUCUGGAUGACUACAAAGAAAUGUGCUCAAUUCCACAAGUCAUAGAAAAACUGAUUAAAAAAAACCACUCAUCAAAAACCUGCUUAUUAGUUGCUGUCCAUACAAGCAGGGGCAGGGACAUCUGCCGAUACCUAGAUACUAUCCUAGAGAUUAAAGUAUUUCCCUUUUAUAAUACAGUCUCUAUAUUACGGACACUCUUUCCACAUAGUAUAACCUACCUGCGAAAAUUUAUGAUUUAUUUUAAGGUGAAUUUAAGUUUGAUGGGCAUUCACAGAACACCUCUCUUUGUGGCAGUACUCAGUACUGUGUUUGAGGAUUCUUUUGACCAGUCCUUUGAUGUGCUGGUGUUCAAGUCCUACAUGGAAUGCCUUUCCUUCAAACACAAAAGUACAGCUGACUUCAAAAAAACUGUGUCUGCCUGUGGUGAGCUGGCCUUGAAAGGGUUUAUGGCAUCUUGUUUUGCAUUUAAUGAGGAUGAUCUUAAUGAAGCAGGGAUUGAUGAAGAUAGAGCCAUGUACCUGAUGAGUAAAUUCACAGCCCAAAGGCUGAGACCUGUCUAUCAGUUUUUAAAUCAUGCAUUCCAAGAAUUUCUUGCUGCAAUGCGGUUGGUUGAACUCCUUGAUUCAGAUAGGCAAGAAGAUCAAGAUUUGGGACUUUAUUACUUGAAACAAAUUAAGUCAUCCAUAAUGAUUAAAAGUCAUGAUAAUAAUUUUUUGAACUAUGUCUCCUGCUUCUCUUCAACAAAGGCAGCACCAAAAAUUGUAUCUCAUUUGCUUCAUAUGUUGGAUAAUACAGAGUCACUGGAGAAUAUAUCUGAAAAUAAUGAUGAUCUGAGGCAUCAGCAGGAAAUUUCAGCAAUGACGAAUAUUAUUAGGCUAUGGUAUCAAUUCUUCCCACAAAUUUACUUUUCAUUUGCUUCAAAACAAAUACUGGCUAUUGCCAUAAAAAUUGCUUAUCAAAGCAACACUGUUGCUGCAUGUUCUCCAUUUAUUUUUCAAUUUCUUCAAGGGAAAACCCUCACUUUAGAUGAACUUAAAUUACAGUAUUUUUAUGACCACCCAGAAAGCUUGUUAUUAUUGAAGAGUAUCCAGGUCUCCAUAAGAGGAAAUACAAGGUUAGACAUACCGGAUUUUUCAAUCCUGGAAAGCUGUAUGGACAAAUCACAGGCACCAACUAUAGAUGAAGACUAUGCUUCUGUCUUUGUAUCUAGGAGUGAGUGGACACAGAAUUCAGCUCAAGAAAAGGAAGAUGUGGAGAGAUUUCUGAACAUGUAUUCAGGUGCACCACUAGAUACCUGCACUGGCUAUUGGAAACAUUUUCCAAAGCAGCACAAGAUUCCCCUUCUAGAAGUUCAUGUGACUGACACCAAUGCUGUGGAUCAGGAGAUGGUGGAGCUUUUAAUGGAAGUUUUCUCAGUUUCACAGCACAUUGAGCUCUAUUUAAGCCGCAGCAGGGGCUUCAUUGAAAGCAUUCGCCCAGCUCUUGAGCAGUGUAAGGACUCUUUCACCAAGUGCUCCUUAGUCAAAUAUGAGCUGACUACAGUCGAUCAGGAAUUGCUUCUCACCCUGCACUCUUUGGAAUCUCUGGAAGUUUCAGAGACAACCCAGAUACAAGAUCAACUCCUUCCUAAUUUGGACAAGUUUCCAUGCCUAAAAGAACUGUCUCUGAACCUGGAUAAAAAAGACAAUGUUUUUACAGUUGUUCCAGAAGAAUUCCUGAAUUUCCAACAUAUGGAAAAAUUAGUGAUCCAAAUUUCAGCUGAGUAUGGGCCUUCGAAGCUGGUCAAAUUAAUUCAGAACUCCCCAAACCUUCAUGUGUUACACCUGAAAUGUCAUGUCUUUUCGGAUUUUGAGUCUCUCAUGACUGCACUUGCCUCCUGCAAGAAACUCCAAGAAAUUAAGUUUUCUGGACCAUUUUUUAAGCCCCUCCCUUUUGUCAUUCCUUUGCCAAGCCUCACUUCUCUCAAGAUAUUAAACCUUAAAAGCCAACUAAUAAAUGAUAAGGAAUCAUCGGAAAAAUUUGCCUAUGCUUUAGGUUCUCUUUGUAACCUGGAAGAACUGCUCCUUCCUAAUGGAGAUGGGAUUCAUCAAGUUGCCAAACUGAUUAUCCAGCAGUGUCAGCAUCUUCGAUGUCUCCGGGUUCUCUCAUUUUCCCUGAAUUUGGAUGAUGACAGCAUAUUAGAAAUUGCCAAGGUAGCAAUCAAUGGAUGCUUCCAGAAUCUUGAGAUCUUAGAUCUUCCAAUGAAUCACAAAAUCACAGAAGAAGGAUAUAGAAAUUUCUUUCAAACACUGGACAACCUGCCCAAAUUGCAGGAGUUGAUUAUUUCUAGGCAUUUCACGGAAUGUUUCAAAACACAAGCUUCAACGGUCAAGUCUUUGAGUCAGUGUGUAUCACGACUGCCAAGCCUCACCAGACUUAGUAUGUUAAGUUGGCUCCUGGAUUCAGAAGACAUCACAGUACUUACUGCCAUGAAAGACAGACAUCCUAAAUCUAAACGCUUAAUUAUAGAAUGGAAAUGGAUACUGCCAUUCGAUCCAAUCAUUCAGAAGUAGAAUAUUUCAGUAGCAAAAAACUGCUCAAUCAAGAAAAUUUUUGUCAACAAUUCUAAAAAUCCAAUUAUCCAACACAGUAGUAAUACUGCAUAUAAAGAACUUUUCUAAAAUGUUUAGUUAAAAAACCUCUGAACCUCCCAACUGCUUAUCAAUUGAUGAGGUUUAAAAAAUAGAUUAUUACAACACAUCUGAAAUCUCUGAAUGUCCUUCCCCAUCUAAAGUUCAGCUCCUCAAUUGGCUUUAUACAAAUAAGUGUCUAUUUCUAGAGUAAAGCUUCAAGGUGAGGUUAACUGUGCUACAGGGAAAAGUUAGGGAGCGGUGCACUGACCAAUGUUACGAUCAACAUAUGGAAGAAAUAUUCAAGGUAUAUAUAAAAUGGCUACUUUAAGGAUUGCAUCUAUCUCACAUAGGUAAAAUGAGUUUACAAGAACAGAGUCCCAAUGGAUCUGUUGUAGGCCAAGAGAGUUUUUAAUCUUUAUAGAACCUGUAUAUUAUUUAAUAUCUACUGCCAAUGUUAAGAAGAAAGUAGAAGAAAACGCUCUUGUUUCAGAGAUUUUGUUUCAAUGCAUUACAUGAGCAAAACUUGCAGAACAGAAUUCAGCUAAAUUUUUAUUCUCUAGAAUACUGGGUAUUUUAGAUAACCACAUGUCUGAGAGUUCAACAUACACAUUUAAUGGCAUUAAAAUUUUCUUAUGAAUACAAUUUGCUCAGGGAAAAAGAUUUUGAUAUUCAGUGAUUUCAUAUUGCUCAAAGUAUCACUUCUGCAGUCAAAGUCUAUAUCAGUGUCCAUUUCUAUCAUUAAGUGUAGAUUUUUCAAAGGCUGGAAGGCCAGCCAUUUCCAAUUCACGAUGUUAGUAUAAAUUAGAAAACAUUCUUUUACACUACCUUUUAUUUUUACCAAGGUCAAAAUUUGUCUUCCAACUUCCCUUAAGUCUAAGUCACAGAUAGGAUCAACAUGUAUAGUAGUAUCCCAUUUGUUUAAAAUAUAUGCUCUGUGUAAAAACAUAUACUUGCACUUAGAUACAUAUAUACAACUGAAAUAGGCUUCACAAAAUAACUUUACAAAAUAAAGCUCUAACAGAUAUGACUUCACUGAAACCCAAGUAUGUAUAAUAAAAAUUCAGAAAUACAAGAUUCCUUACAGAUGUGUUUAAUCUGCUGUCUCCACAUGUUCUCUUUGAUAUUCUCCCACCAGGCUUUUUAUUCUUACAUUCCACCAAAACAAGUCUUUUAAGGGUGACCCAACAAUCUUCACAUUGCUAAACUCACUAAUACUUCCCAGUGUCAUCCUGCCUGACUGUUGGCAGCAAUCUGACCUAAGGGUAGCUUUGAUUUGGUCUAUCAUUCCUCAAAAUAUUCUUAGUUUGGCUUCCAUGGUAUCCCUCCCAGGUUUCCUUUAAACUCUGAGAGUUGCCUCAGUCUCUUCUACAGCUCCUCAUAUCUAAUCUCUGAAUGUUGGGAGUACCCUGGCAUUCUGACAUUUUAUCUUAUCUUGGUGAAUGAAUUUAAUUGAAUCCCAUGUCCACACAAUUCUUAAUUUAUACCUCUAGCCUAGACCUCUCCUCUUAACUCAUAUCUAAUUCCAGUGGGUAUCUCAACUUUCACAUGUCCAAAUCUUAACCUCUUUCCAUAAAUAUUCUUUAUGCAGAUUUUUUGAUCUCUUUAAAUUCCCGCUUUAUUCUUCAAACUUGCUUAGGCUAAAAACCUUGGGAAUCAUCCUUUCCCCAAGUAACCUAUUUGGAAGUCCUGAAUUCUACUUGCAAAAUACACUCAGAUCCAAACACCACUACCCACUUGUCCUAACUAGUUAGCCAGCUUCCUCUCUUGAAACUUGUGAUCUAUUUUCAACCAUGAGCUAUCAGUUUACAAUCUUUUUGUAAACUGGAUUGUGCUACACCUUUGCUUCAAAAGCUGCUAUUGGACCCUCAGCUCAGGCAAAUGCUGGAGACUUUACCAUGGCUUACCUAUGUUCUGACUUCCCUUACCUCACCUCCGUAAUCUCUUCCACUUCAGCUGGUUUAUUUGCUGUUGCUGAAUAUACUAAAAAUGGACUUGUCAUUUCCUUUGCCUCUGUCAUUUCCUAAACCUCUUCCCCCAAUUCUUUUUUCUCUGUUGGCAGCACCACCACCUGCCAGCUUACACAUUUCACUUGUUUACUGUCUGGUUCUCACCACUGUGAGCAGGAAUUUAAUCAAUUCUGUUAAUUCCUUCUUCCCAAGCACCUAGAAGAGUGCUUAACAUAGACACCAAAAGUGAGUAAUUAUUUGCUGGGUGAAUCUACCAUCUCUUUCCAACUAUUUUAGGUAUUAACAGAGGUAA